AUGUUUGGUGCCAUGAGAAGGUGUCAGGAUCAGACAGGCAGACGGACAGACGGCAGGACGGACACGCGGGCGGCGGCUGUGAUUGGCGGCUCGGCGGCAGGCUGGUGGAAGAUGUCGUCGGGGGCCGGCGGGAGGGGGGGUCGUCAGGUUCGGUCGUGCCGGGGGGCGGGAGAGGCAGAGGAGGGCCCGUUGGGUAUCCCGUUUCCCGAGCACAGCGCCGACAUCCUGGGCGCCUUGAACAAGCAGCGUCAGAGCGGGAUGCUGUGCGACGUCCUCCUGGUGGCGCAGGAGCAGGAGUUUCCGGCUCACCGCUCCGUCUUGGCCUCCUGCAGCUCCUACUUCCACAAGCUCUUCACUUCCGGCCUGGCCGCCGACAGACAGAGCGUCUACGCCAUCGACUUUGUGCCGGCGGAGACGCUGGCCGCCCUGUUGGACUUUGCCUACACGGCCACUCUAACCGUCAGCCACAGCAGUGUCACGGACAUCCUGAGAGCCGCCCGCGUGCUGGAGAUCUCGCCCGUCCAAGACGUCUGCACACACCUACUGGACACCAAAGUGCUCUCCCCGCCGGCGGGCAGUGAGCAAGAUGAAAAAGAAAAUGAGGAGGGUGAGGAGAGAUCGAGGAGCAGAGGAGGAGGAGAGCAGGAGAUCCGGUUGCGAGCCCACGAGUAUCUGGAGUUCUUCCAGCGGGGGGCGCACUGGGGCGGCAGCAGCUGCAGCACGCCAGAGCUCAGGGACACGCCCACACACCUGCACUUUAGCCAACGCAAUGGCACUAGCAGUAACGGCACCGCAGCCGCGAGCGUAGCCAAGUACUACUCCCCUCUGGCCCACGCUCUAGCCCAACCGCCCAGGCCGGAACACGAAGACGAGGACCCAGAUGAGGAGGAGGAUCGGGACGGGACACCAGCUGACCCCAGGGACGUUUUGGGAUGGGCACACCGGGGCAACGGGGCUGAAUCGCUAAACCCUUCGUACACCCCUGCCCAAAACGGACACUUCUACCAGGAGGUGGGCAGUGAGGCGGACCCAGCGUCGGAGGUGGCGUCGGAGUCCGGGCGCGGCUCGGCCAGCGCCCUUCUUCAGCAGAUGAUGGAAUCGAUCGAAAGGCAAAAGGAGGAGGGGGAGAGGGAGGAGCCAGACGUGGAGUUUUACUUGAAGUACUUUAACAGUGUGCAGCACGAGGAAGCUGCCCACACGGCGGUGUCACAGGGUUUGCUGUGGUCGACGCGAGGAGGCAGCAAUCAGACCAGCGGAGCGGUCAGCGGAGAGAGGAAAAUGAGAUCGAAAGCGUUUCAGAAGUGCCCCAUCUGCUCCAAGGUCAUCCAGGGCGCAGGAAAGCUCCCCCGUCACAUCCGAACGCACACGGGUGAGAAACCCUACGAGUGCGCCAUCUGCAAAGUGCGCUUCACCAGACAGGACAAACUGAAGGUCCACAUGAGGAAACACACAGGGGAGAAGCCUUACCUUUGUACGCAGUGCGGAGCCGCCUUCGCCCACAACUACGACUUGAAGAACCACAUGCGCGUGCACACCGGCCUGCGUCCCUACCAGUGCUCCAGCUGUUUUAAAACGUUCGUGCGCUCUGACCACCUUCACCGGCAUCUCAAGAAGGACGGCUGCAACGGCAUCCCCUCCAGACGAGGUCGCAAACCCCGCAUUCGGGACCCGGAGUCCCUGGAGGCUCCCGUGGAACCCCCGGGUUCCGUCCCGCGCGGAGGUAGGGGGAGGCGGCGUGUCGAAGGGGACGCUACCCCGCCCCUGGAGGAGAUGGUCCCCGAGAGCCACGCCCCAAGCCCCUCACUGGUGGUGGCGCCGGCCAUGGAGGCAGGGCAGUGAGAGAGUAAAAAAACAAAGGGACGCCAAGACGCCAUAUUGAGACUCAGCUGGUGAAGGGGGGUAACGCAAAGCA